AUGGUUGCACGGCGAGGAGGUGCUGCCGUUGCCACAAACGACUCCACAUGCCUAGCUAUUCAGCAAGCUAUCUCGAAUGCUUCUUCCGUCUAUUACCCCUCGGAUCCUCACUAUUCUCAAGAUAUCUGGCAUUUCAUGUCUUCAAGCGUGCAGUACCCAAAGUGCACCGUUGAACCAGGAACUGUUGAUGAUGUGUCGAAAAUUAUGAAAAUCCUGGCCAAGUCUACUUCUCCUUUUGCUGUGAAAUGCGGUGGCCAUGCUUCCAACCAAGGCUUCAGCUCUACGACUGGCGUUCUUAUUGCCAUGACUCGUUUCAACAAAGUUAUCUACCACCCCAAGACGAGCACCGCAGAUAUCCCGACAGGUGUCAUUUGGGAUGAUGUGUACGCGGCUCUAGAGCCUCAUGGUGUCAAUGUCGUUGGCGGACGUGUGUCUGGAAUUGGCGCGACUGGAGUAACCCUUGGUGGAGGGUAUUCAUGGUUGACGAACCUCCAUGGGUUAACGGUGGAUUCUGUCACCGCAUUCGAGCUCGUUCUACCAAGUGGAAAAGUCGUCGAAGUCACGAAUCAUAAUAAGUUCCGUGAUCUCUUCUUUGGCUUAAAGGGUGGUUACAAUAAUUUUGGGAUUGUAACAAGAUUCACUUUGAAGACCUAUCCUCAAGGUCAAAUUUGGGCAGGCUUAAUCCUUUACUCCGGGUCACAGUGGAGCAAGCUCGCAGACGCAAUCGUUGACUUCCAACAUUCAAAUACCGAUCCCAAUGCCAACGUUCUCCCCGUGUUCAACCAGUAUGCAAGCGGGACACAGGUUACGACUGUGCUCGUAUUCUACAACAAGCCUACUGCCCCACCUGGACUGUUCGACAGAUUUUUGAACAUUCCGAGUAUUUCUCAGAAUGUCACAACGAGGAACUUUCUUGAUUUCGUCCUGAGUGUCCCGAGUCAUACAGCGGCCGGUUUCCGUUAUUUACGUGAUCGAGCUAAACCCAUUUCAUGUAACUCUAGUGGAGCUUUCAUGGGGGUAUCUUUAGCAAGAUUGUCGCCCAGUAUUCUAAAGACCAUCCUUGCAGAAAUUCCAACUUGGAGUGCCUACAACCAAGCGAACUCUGGACUGCUCGUUUCGUACGACAUUGAGCCAUUCCUAACUAGCAUCCCAAAGCACGCUACUCCGAGUGCAUUCCCACACGACAAAUUCGCUUCCCCCUUGAACAUUUACUUUGCUUGGACAUCUCCCGACUCCGACGAUGCCCAGAUACGAGGAAUCAAGCAAACUGCGGCGAAUAUCGCUGCCGCCGCCAAGGCUGAAGGACAAGACAUUGACUCGUUAACUUUAUACCCGAAUAAUUGUCUUGCUGACACGCCGUUGGAGAAGAUGUAUGGGAAUAAUGUACAGAGGUUGAAGAAGAUCAAGGAGAAGUAUGACCCUCUUAAUGUUAUGGGUCGUACAGGCGGGUUCAAAUUUUAG